ACUGUGAUUGGUUCAAACACCUGCACACCGUUUAGUUCAAACACCUGCACAUCCUCUCAACUCUUUAGUUCUAUUUUAACUUUAGGGUGAGGCUUUGAGGAACUCAUCUGUCCCGGUCCCCCAAUCAGCAGGAAUAGGUUGCGCGGCAAACAAGCUCAAAGAACCAGUUCGUCACCAUGUCCGAACGAUGUGCGUUCGAUACUAAUGUCGUUACCCUCACGAGAUUCGUGCAGGAGGAGGGAAGGAAGGCGAAGGGAACAGGAGAACUGACCACCCUCCUCAACUCUAUCUGCACAGCCGUUAAAGCUAUCUCCACCGCUGUCAGAAAAGCUGGGAUUGCCAACCUCUAUGGCAUUGCUGGGAGCACCAAUGUGACCGGUGACCAGGUGAAGAAGCUGGAUGUUCUGUCCAAUGACUUGGUCAUCAACAUGAUCAAGUCGUCUUUCACCUCCUGUGUCCUGGUGUCAGAGGAGAAUGAGAGGGCCCUCAUUGUGGAGCCAGAGAAACGGGGAAAAUAUAUUGUGUGCUUCGACCCACUGGAUGGCUCGUCAAACAUUGACUGUCUUGUAUCAAUUGGAACCAUUUUUGCCAUCUACAGAAAGACAACAGAUGAUGAGCCCAAUGAGAAGGACGCGCUGCAGUCUGGACGUCACAUUGUUGCUGCCGGUUAUGCCCUCUACGGCAGCGCCACCAUGAUGGUGCUCUCCACAGGUCAAGGGGUCAACUGCUUCAUGCUCGACCCUUCUAUCGGGGAGUUUAUCCUGACAGAUAAGGACGUGAAGAUCAAGAAGAGGGGGAAGAUCUACAGUCUGAACGAAGGCUAUGCUCAGCACUUCUACCCAGACAUCACAGAAUACCUGAAGAAGAAGAAAUAUCCAGAGGAUGGGAGUGCCCCCUAUGGUGGGCGUUAUGUUGGCUCCAUGGUGGCUGAUGUGCACAGGACCUUGGUGUACGGAGGAAUCUUCUUAUACCCUGCCAAUGUCAAGAGCCCCAGGGGCAAGCUGAGGCUACUGUAUGAGUGCAACCCCAUGUCUUUCAUCAUCGAGCAGGCUGGAGGCAUGGCCACCACGGGGGAGAUGAACGUCCUGGACAUCAAGCCAGAGAACAUCCACCAGCGAGUUCCUGUGGUCCUGGGCUCCCCUGAAGACGUCCAGGAGUAUGUCGCCAUCUACAAGAAGACACGCAUGUGAGGCUGCGCUGGGAGCCUUCUCUGGAUCCACCAUGACCUGCUUGUCCUCAAGGGUCGACCUUUGACCUGAGCUAGUAAUCUUUGUAUCAUAUGUAUGUAUGUAUGUAUGUAUGUAUGUAUGUAUGUAUGUAUGUAUGUAUGUAUGUAUGUAUGUAUGUAUGUAUGUAUGUAUGUAUGUAUGUAUGUAUGUAUGUAUGUAUGUAUGUAUGUAUGUAUGUAUGUAUGUAUGUAUGUAUGUAUGUAUGUAUGUAUGUAUGUAUGUAUGUAUGUAUGUAUGUAUGUAGGGCAGUGCUUUACUCUGGCUGAUCCUUUUGAACAAGCGGAGUAUUUUACCUCCACCAUCUGACCAACCAGAUCUGGGACCAGAGAUACUUCAGGGGGAGAAAGUAGGGAGUAGACUUUCAAUGACCUGGGCCGAUGUCUUAAUAGUUUAAAGUUUCUUUCCCUAUUCGUUUCUCCUUCUGGAACUGUGCUGAUCUAGCAAGACAGGAUAGGGGAGAGGAGUCCAAUUUAGAUGAUUGGAAUGCAACCCUUCAGCGUCUUACUGUUUGGAUCCCUGAACUGAGAGACCCCUCAUGGACAAAUAUUAGGCCUACCUCAGCCUUAUGAUGUAGUAUAUUGUAGGGUUGUUGUGUCAUUUCCACUGGUGGACCUAAAAUAUGUUUUGAAUAAAACCCAAUGUUAAAAUCCCUCCA